AACUGAUCGCGCAGCGCAAAGACUUUGGAGCGGACCAAGAUGGCGGACUGAGCGGCUGUGGCUUUCCGGUUGAGUUGGGAGCAAUGGAGUGAAGAUUGAAGACGUGAUAGAAGAUGGACGACUACUGCUAUGCUAAGAUGGCGACGUCCGCUAAAAGAGAACAUGAAAGAGAAUCUUCCAGCAAAUCACCAACGGAGAUAAAGACCAAAACUGCAGAUAAAGGCGUCCAGCAGCUGUUUGGUCAUCCAGAAGAACUUCCCCCUAAGUCAGGGGGGAGCUCCACAUUGAAGCAAGAGGAUCCACAGCCCCCCCACAUUAAAGAUGAAGAGGAGGAAGUUCGGAUCACUCAGGAGGGAGAGUGUCUUCUAAGACCAGAGGAAGCUGAUUACACCAAGUUGCCACUGAGUAUUCUCUCUGUGAAGACCGAAGAUGAUGAAGAGAAACCACAACCAGACAACCUAAAAGCUCCACUGUCAGACAGAGAGGCUGAAGACAAGGUUGAAGAUCCUUCAAGCAGCGAUACAGACUGUGGAGACAUCAAGCAGCUGAUUGGUCAUCCAGAAGCACCUCCACUUCAGCCGCAGGGAGGGAGCUGCACUUUGAAGCAGGAGGAUCUGCAACCCCCACACUUUAAAGAGGAAGACGAAGAACUUUGGGUCACUCAAGAGGGAGAGUGUCUUCUAGGGCCGAAGGAAACUGAUAUUACCAAGAUUCCGCAGACUGUUGUCACUGUAAAGACUGAAGAUGAUGAAGAGAAACCACAACCACACAACGGGGUUGAAGUGACUUUGAGCAGCGAUACGGACUGUGAAGACGUCCAGCAGCUGAUUGGUCAUCCAGAAGUAAUUCCCCUUCAGCCGGAGAGUGGGAGCUCCACUUUGAAGCAGGAGGAUCCACGCUCCACACACAUUAAAGAGGAAGAGGGGGAACUCUGGAUCACUCAGGAGGGAGAGUGUCUUCUCGGGCCGGAUGAAGCUGAUCUCACCAAGUUGCCACUGACUGUUGUCUCUGUGAAGACUGAAGAUGAUGAAGAGAAACCACAACCAGACAACGUCUUAUCUCCACCAUCAGAUAGUGAGGCUGAAGACGAGGUUGAAGUAACUUUGAGCAGCGAUACAGACUGUGAAGGUGAAAUGAGGACUCACACUGACAACAAACAUGCUAUAAGCUCUAAAAAGGUAAGCGGUAAAACGCGUUUUAGCUGCUCAGUUUGUGCGAAAAGCUUUUCUCGUAGGAGCAAUUUUACUCAACACAUGAGAACGCACACAGGGGAAAAACCAUUUAGUUGUUCAAUUUGCGGUAAACGCUUUUCUCAAAAGAGCCAUUUACCUGAACACAUGACAACGCACACUGGAGAAAAAAUAUUUCAUUGUUCAGUUUGUGGUAAAAGAUUUUCUAAUAAGAGAGGUUUGACUGAACACAUAAGAACGCACACGGGAGAAAAACCUUUCAAAUGUUUAGUUUGUAAUAAAAGUUUCUCUCAAAGGAGCAAUUUGACCCAACACAACAGAACACACACAGGAGAAAAACCAUUCAAUUGUUUUGAUUGCGGUAAAAGCUUUUCGCAAAAGAGCAAUUUGACAGAACACAUGAAAGUACACACAGGAGUAAAACCUUUUAAUUGUUCGGUUUGUGAUAAAACAUUUUCACUCAAGCAUCAUAUGAUUGAACACAUGACAACACAUACAAGAGUAAAACCAUUUAAUUGUUCAGUGUGUGGCAAAAGCUUUUCUCAAAAAAGCAAUCUGACCAAACACAUUAGGACACACACAGGAUGAAAAGAUGAAAAAACUAUUUUUCAGUGUGUGAUAAAAAAGAAAAUUUGACUCACCACAUAAUGAAACAGAAAAAACCUUCCAGUUGGUCAAUUUUCAGCUAAAGCUUCUCUCUAAAAGGCUUGAUGUAGGGUUGCAUGCUGUACCGGUACGAAUAAAGUACCAGGGUACUAAUGAGCUAACAACGGUACCAUACAGUCUUUGAAAAAUACCGGUACAUUUUUUCUCCCCACCUGAAUGCUGCCGUGCGGCUGUGAAGUCCAGAGACAAGGUGCAUGUUGUUGACUGUGUCAAAAAUGCACACACAAAGCGCAUACAAGCAGAAACUGUGUGGAGAGGAAGAAUGCCAAAAAAAACACCUUACAUUCUACUGGGCAUUAGAGGAUACGCGAAGUGCAAUAUGGAGGUAUCUGUGCUUCAAAUUGAAGGAUAAACACGGAAGCUGCUGCUUUAAGACCUGCCUCGCCAAAGGAGGCAAUACAAUAUUGCCACUUUAACUCCAAACUUAGUUAAACAUUUAAAAAAAGAAACAUUCAGACCUGCUCAAGAGCAAAGAGUGACAGGUAGUGUGUGCACAUUUAGAUACGUAGACAGAAACACAGCUGGUGAGCUUGUUGACAAUUAUUAGCGUAAACUCAUGCAAGUGAAAUGACUGAAUUGUGUAACACAUUCCUACAAUUUGUGUUUUAUCUGAAACAAUGUGUGUUUUAUCUGAAACAAUGUGUGUUUCACCUGCUACAUGCUUGAUCUGUGUACAUUUAGCCAUAGAGUUGUCUUUAGUAUUUACUAAUGAUUUUGUUUGUCCUAAAGCACAGACCAAGAGUGGCAACCAUAAGUUCUGAAGCAUUUAAAAUAUUGUCAAUAAAACUUUCUAUU